GGACAGAGCCCGUGAUGUCCGGCACCAAACCGGAGCACGCCUUCCUCCCUCGCCGCAACUGGUCCUCCGCUUCGGAGCUGAAUGGAACUCAGGAGCCCUUGCUGAGCCCCACCGACUAUGACGACGAGGAAUUCCUGCGGUACCUGUGGAGGGAGUACCUGCACCCCAAAGAGUACGAGUGGGUCCUGAUCGCCGGCUACAUCAUCGUGUUCGUGGUGGCGCUCGUGGGGAACGUCCUGGUCUGUGUGGCAGUGUGGAAGAACCACCACAUGAGGACAGUAACCAACUACUUCAUAGUCAACCUCUCUCUGGCCGACGUGCUAGUGACGAUCACCUGCCUUCCAGCCACGCUGGUGGUCGAUAUCACAGAGACCUGGUUCUUUGGACAGUCCCUCUGCAAAGUGAUUCCUUACUUACAGACCGUGUCGGUGUCUGUGUCUGUGCUCACGCUGAGCUGCAUCGCCUUGGACCGGUGGUACGCCAUCUGCCACCCACUCAUGUUCAAGAGCACCGCCAAGCGGGCCCGGAACAGCAUCGUCGUCAUCUGGAUCGUCUCCUGCAUCAUAAUGAUCCCCCAGGCCAUCGUCAUGGAGUGCAGCACCAUGCUGCCCGGCUUAGGCAACAAAACCACGCUCUUCACGGUCUGCGAGGAGCGCUGGGGAGGUGAAAUUUACCCCAAGAUGUAUCACACUUGCUUCUUUCUGGUCACCUACAUAGCCCCUCUGUGUCUCAUGGUGUUGGCUUAUCUGCAGAUAUUCCGCAAACUCUGGUGCAGACAGAUCCCCGGGACGUCUUCGGUGGUGCAGAGGAAGUGGAAGGCCCUGCAGCCGGCCUCGCAGCCUCGGGGCUCAGCGCCGCAGGCCAAGUCUCGGAUCAGCGCGGUGGCCGCGGAGAUAAAGCAGAUCCGGGCCCGGCGGAAAACAGCGCGGAUGCUGAUGGUGGUGCUUCUGGUCUUCGCCAUCUGCUACCUGCCCAUUAGCAUCCUCAAUGUGUUAAAGAGGGUGUUUGGGAUGUUUACUCACACAGAAGACAGAGAAACUGUAUACGCUUGGUUUACAUUUUCACACUGGCUGGUAUACGCCAAUAGUGCUGCGAACCCAAUCAUUUAUAAUUUUCUCAGUGGAAUCUGCACCUGGGGCUGCAGCCCUCCCUGCUGUCAGCCUGGCUGGAGGUCUGAAGGAAGAGGCCGAGCAUCCCUGUUGAAUCGUCCACGUUGUUUCACUCAAGAGAUAACGGUUUUCAGCUCAGUUGCCACUGUGUUGCAAGUGCCCUGUGAGAGAAGACCAGCUUUGCUGUGACCUGGAUGACUUGUGUGUUUAACUACAGGUUUCUCAUCCCAGUCUUACUUACUAAAUUACAAAUUUUGUGGAAGCAGAUGGUUUCUAAGAACAAUCAUUGUUACAUGGAUGGAAAAUAUGAAAUAAAGCUAGAAAUGUUGGGAAUAGAGUAAUAGACCAUGGAUUUAUCUCUCAACCCUUGCACCCAGGAAUCCUUUUAAGAGGCAAGGACUUAGUAUGGUUACUUUAAUAGAACAAGUGGUAAAGAAGCGGGCGUUCUUAAAACCCCCAAAUUUUUGGGAAAAGAGGAUCAACUACUUACCUCAUUAUGUGCUAAUGACACAAAUGAGAAGACUUCUGGAAAGUAUGCGCUGGAGCUGUUCUAUGCUGUACAUUGAAUACAUAUUCUUUGUUUCUUUCUGUUACAUUCAAAGAUUUCCUGUAAGAUGUUAAUGUCACCAAAAUUUUGUUAUUAAUAA